CCGCCCCUCUGACUUUCCCCCGCCCCACCUCGCCUUCUUCACGUGUCCUCCCACCCCUCCGACCCCUCGCCCUCGCCCUCUUUCCGCCGCUCUCACGGAAAUCUCGCGAUUUGUUUCCGCGCGAGGUGGACUGGACGGGACAGAUCUCCGCCGCCCGCCGCCCUUGCUUCCGCCACCAAGCUCUGCUCGUCGGGAUUCGCUUGAGUUCCCCCCUUUCUCUGGUUGCUGAGGAGUGUUUGCCAUCUGUGCGUCCUUCCCGCUUGGAUUCCUCCGGCCGGCGGCGGUGCAAGGUGGCGGUGUGGGGUUUGGGCGGAGAAUUGCUCGCCGUGGGCUAGCGGAUUUUCAUGCUCUUCAGGAAAGGAGCCGCCUUUCGCAGUCCCGCCGCCGCCGCCGCUCGCCGGUGAUGGGGGCCCGCUGCGGCCUGCUCGGCUUCCUGCUCGUCGCCGCCGUCCUGCUCCGUUUCCGCGGCGCCCACGCCCUGAACCAGACGUGCGAUGCGGAUGACCUGGAGGCGCUCCGGGCCUUUUCCGACGGCCUGGACGGGAAGGGCGCCGGCGCCGGGCUGCUCGGUUGGGGCGACGGCGAUGGCGGGUCGUGCUGCUCCUGGGCGGGCGUGUCCUGCGACCUCGGGAGGGUGGUUGGGCUGGAUCUCUCCAACCGCAGCCUCCGCGGCGUCAUCUCCCCCUCCGUCGCCUCCCUCAGCCGCCUCGCCGCGCUGAACCUCUCCCGGAACUCGUUCCGCGGCCAGGCGCCGGCGGGGCUCGGCCUGCUCCCCGGGCUGCGGGUGCUCGACCUCAGCGCCAACGCCCUCUCCGGCACGUUCCCGCCGAGCGGCGGCGCCGCCGGCGGGUUCCCGGCGAUUGAGGCGGUGAACGUCUCCUUCAACGAGUUCGCCGGGCCGCACCCUGCGUUCCCCGGCGCGGCGAACCUGACGGUGCUCGACAUCUCCGGCAACCGCUUCUCCGGCAGCAUCAACACCACCGCGCUCUGUGGCGCCACGCAGAACCUGACGGUCCUGCGGUUCUCGGGGAACGCGUUCUCUGGCGAUGUCCCGGCUGGCUUCGGCCGGUGCGAGGCGCUCGCCGAGCUCUCUCUCGACGGCAAUGGCCUCGCGGGGAGCCUCCCGGGUGACCUGUACACGGUGCCUGCGUUGCAGAGGCUGAGCUUACAGGACAACAACCUCUCCGGUGACCUUGACAACCUCGGUAACCUGUCGCAGCUUGUGCAGAUUGACUUGUCAUAUAACAAAUUCACCGGCUUCAUCCCUGAUGUGUUUGGGAGGCUGAGGAGGCUCGAGACCUUAAACUUGGCAACCAAUGGCUUCAAUGGCACAUUGCCCAGUUCACUGUCAAGCUGUCGGAUGCUGACAGUGGUCAGCGUAAGGAACAAUUCGCUCUCCGGUGAGAUCACACUCAACUUCAGCUUGCUGCCAAGGCUGAACACUUUCGAUGCUGGGUCAAACAAGCUGAGUGGUAACAUACCUGCUAGCCUCGCCCGGUGCGCCGAGCUGAAGACGCUGAACCUGGCAAGGAACAAGCUUGAUGGGCAGAUACCGGAGAGCUUCAAGAAUUUGAGUUCACUAUUGUACCUGUCGCUGACAGGCAACGGCUUCACGAACCUGUCAUCGGCAUUGCAGGUCUUGCAGGACCUGCCCAAACUGACCAGCUUGGUGCUCACCAACAAUUUCCAUGGGGGGGAGACGAUGCCAAUGGAUGGCAUCAAAGGGUUCAAGAGCAUGGAGGUGCUUGUCCUGGCGAACUGCGCGCUCACCGGCACAAUUCCGCCUUGGCUGCAGACCUUGGAGAGCCUCAGUGUGCUGGACAUUUCUUGGAACAAGCUGAAUGGUAACAUCCCCCGAUGGUUAGGCAGCCUGAACAAUCUCUUCUACAUUGAUCUGUCAAACAAUUCGUUCACCGGGGAACUCCCUGAGAGCUUUACCCGGAUGAAGGGUCUGAUUUCAAGUGAUGGCUCAAGUGAGCGGGCUUCGACCGAGUACGUCCCAUUAUUUAUAAAGAAGAAUUCAACCGGCAAAGGCCUGCAGUACAACCAAGUCAGCAGCUUCCCGGCGUCACUGAUCCUCUCCAACAACUUGCUUGCUGGGCCGGUAUUGCCAGGCUUUGGUCAUCUUGUGAAGCUUCAUGUACUGGACCUCAGCUGGAACAACUUCUCGGGGCGAAUUCCCGAUGAGUUGUCAGACAUGUCGAGCUUGGAAAAGUUGAAGUUGGCUCACAAUGAUCUCAGUGGGAGCAUACCGUCAUCUCUGACAAAGCUCAAUUUCCUCUCCGACUUUGAUGUGUCAUACAAUAAUUUGACUGGAGAUAUCCCAACCGGGGGCCAGUUUCUGACAUUCGCGAAUGAAGGCUUUCUGGGCAAUCCUGCACUCUGCCUCCUUCGGAAUGCGUCCUGCUCCGAGAAGGCUCGAAUUGUGGAAGCAGCACACCGUAAGAAAAGCAAAGCCAGCCUUGCUGCAGUUGGAGUAGGAACUGCAGUUGGGGUUAUCUUUGUCUUGUGGAUUACUUAUGUGAUUUUGGCAAGGGUUGUCCGUUCAAGAAUGCACGAGCGCAAUCCAAAGGCGGUUGCUAAUGCUGAAGACUCCUCAGGUUCUGCUAACUCAAGCUUGGUGCUGCUUUUCCAGAACAAUAAAGAUCUCAGCAUUGAGGACAUCUUGAAGUCCACGAACCACUUUGAUCAAGCAUACAUAGUUGGAUGUGGUGGUUUUGGCCUCGUCUACAAAUCAACGCUGCCGGAUGGGCGGAGGGUUGCGAUCAAGCGCCUUUCAGGCGACUACUCUCAGAUCGAGAGGGAGUUUCAGGCUGAGGUGGAGACACUUUCAAGGGCCCAGCAUGAGAACCUUGUGUUGCUGCAGGGCUAUUGCAAGAUCGGCAACGACAGGCUGCUGAUCUACUCAUACAUGGAGAAUGGCAGCUUGGAUUACUGGCUUCACGAGAGGACGGAUAGCGGCGCGCUGCUGGAUUGGCAGAAGCGGCUGCGGAUAGCUCAAGGUUCAGCAAGGGGGUUGGCAUACCUGCACAUGUCAUGUGAGCCACACAUACUGCACCGAGACAUCAAGUCAAGCAACAUCCUCCUGGAUGAGAACUUUGAAGCUCAUCUGGCCGAUUUCGGACUGGCGAGGCUUGUCUGCGCGUAUGACACCCACGUCACCACAGAUGUCGUUGGGACCCUGGGCUACAUUCCUCCAGAGUAUGCGCAGUCGCCCAUCGCGACUUACAAGGGCGACAUCUACAGCUUCGGCAUCGUGCUGCUGGAGCUGCUCACCGGCCGGAGGCCUGUGGACAUGUGCAGGCCCAAGGGGAGCAGGGACGUCGUGUCGUGGGUGCUUCAGAUGAGGAAAGAGGAUAGGGAGACCGAGGUUUUCCACCCGAAUGUGCAUGACAAGGCAAACGAAGGCGAGCUGCUGAGGGUGCUCGAGAUUGCAUGCCUCUGCGUAACCGCUGCCCCCAAGUCAAGGCCAACAUCGCAGCAGCUUGUCACCUGGCUCGACGACAUUGCGGAAAACCGUAGCUUAAUAAUCCAGUGAUGCAUCACUUCAGAUAUAUAGUUCUGGUUUUGCUUGAGCAGAGCAUCAGUUUGGUGGUAGCGCCGUGAAAUGGUUAUUUAGUGGUGUACAUAAAUAUAAUAGUAGUGUUUACAUAGCGAGAAAUACUGAGAAGUUUCUUUGUUUGCUACAUAUGCCCGCCUAAGUUUGGGCCUGAGCUUCCUCUUUUCCAUAAAGAUGAUCACAGGAAUGUCACAAAAAACUUUGUAGUUCUAAACCAUCUGGAUAAUAAUCAAGCGGUCUUAUCUGAAGGCAUCUGUUUUGUAACUUCAGUUACUUA